UUUUAAGAAAGGAAGAGAAGAGGAAAGGGGUGCCAAAGAUUGCCGGUGGCACGCGCUUGCGAGGAAGGGCGCUCGUCGCUGCCGAGCCUGGCAAAUUGGAGGGACACGCGGUGCGUCUUGGAAGAUGAUGCGAGGGUGAUGCGCGCAGCGGAGCAGCCCCGAAUCUGGAGCGUCGUAAUCAAAUCCCAACCACGGUUGUACUUGCAGCUGACAGCACGUUUUUUUCUCCCUCCCUCCCUCCUUUUCUCUCUCUCUCUCUCCGCGCCUCCUCCGCCCCAGUUGGGCGGUAGCAGCCUCGAAAUCGGACAAAACGGAAAAAAAAAAAAACUGCAGGCGAGAGCAGAGAGUCGGAGAUGAUGAUGGAGAUGGUCGAUGAUUUGUGGGGGAGGAGGAGGACAUCAUCUCGAUCCAUUGCUGUGAUGCUUUUCCUUUUGGUCCUCCUCCUCCUCCUCCUCCAUUGCUCCUCCUCCUCGUCUCCAUCUCAAGUCCUCCCUCCUCUGAUCAUCCAGCAGCUCCCCCGCUCUUCGUCCAGCAACAGUACAGGGGCGGCCGUGGUCGUGUCCGUGGAUGAUUUCGGAGCAAAAGGGGAUGGCUGUACUGAUGAUACCAAGGCUUUUAAAGAUGCUUGGGAGUUUGCCUGUUUAUCACCAUUAAGAUCCAUCCUUCAAAUUCCAGCAGAAAAUGUAUAUUUGGUCAGUCCAAUCAAAUUUGCUGGACCUUGUAAAGCAAAGCUGACAUUGUUGGUUUCAGGAACUAUCAUUGCUCCAUCAGAUCCUGAUAUCUGGCAGGGGCUGGAUCCUCAAAAAUGGCUAUACUUCCAUGGAGUAAGACAGCUGGUGUUAGGAGGUGGAGGGACUAUCAAUGGCAUGGGACAGGAAUGGUGGGCACGGUCUUGCAAGAGAAAUGCAACGAAUCCGUGCCGACACGCCCCUACGGCAGUAACUUUUCAUCGGAGCAAGCAUCUUACCGUCCAUGACCUGACUCUGAUGAAUAGUCAGCAGAUGCAUAUGGCGUUCAACACAUGUUCUCAUGUUCGAGCAUCUCGUUUGCGAGUGGUUGCACCUGCUGAGAGCCCCAACACUGAUGGAAUUCAUAUAAGUGCAUCAGUCUCUGUUGUGGUGGAAGAUAGUAUAAUUAGAACAGGAGAUGACUGCAUAUCUAUAGUCAGCAAUUCUUCUGAUAUCCUAGUCAAAAACAUCGUCUGCGGACCUGGUCAUGGAAUAAGUAUUGGAAGCUUGGGCAAAUCAAUGACAUAUGCUCGAGUGGACAAUAUUCUAGUGGAUGGAUGCCUGAUUACCAACACUGAAAAUGGAGUAAGGAUCAAGACAUGGCAGGGAGGCAGUGGCUGUGCCCGCAAAAUAAUUUUCCAGAACAUUUUGAUGAAGAACGUCUCAAACCCAAUAAUCAUUGACCAGUACUACUGCGACUCGUCCCACCCAUGUAAAAACCAGACAUCAGCUGUGAAGGUGGAUGAGAUUUCUUUCAUUGACAUAAAGGGAAGUUCAGCAACAGAGCAUGCGAUUAAGUUUGCUUGCAGCGACACAUUUCCAUGCGCGAAAAUAUUUCUGAAAGACAUUCAUUUGUCCUUGGAGUCUGGGGGGAAUGCUACCUCGUAUUGCUGGAAGGCAUCAGGCUUCGCCUCUGAUUCGGUGUAUCCACCCUCUUGUCUGUCAAGAUCUGACCAGCACGCGAACCAUGUUAUCAAUCCAUGUGUUACUUCAAGUACAAGGAAGCUCGACUCAUAGAAUUGUAGUUGAUGUCCUUGCUUUACUUGUACCUUAUGUGUACAAGGCACGCAUUGGUGGGGACACCAGUAUCAGACCGCCUGUUACGCGGAGCCACGAUCGUUGCAGGAGGAUGAUCUAGCCAUUUUCGUUGUAGCUGAAUUGAUUUUAUGUUAUUUUAUUUUGUUUUAUUUUAUGUUGAUUGGGCUUGUUUGCAUAUUAUCAUUUGAGAGCCUUUAUGGGAUUUUUUUUGGGGGGUCUUUUUGUUAUUUCUUGGCCUUAUAUAUAUGGAUCUAUGCACUUGUUUAGAGUUA